AUGGCCCAUAUUCCACCUCCUAUUGACAACAUUUCUGUGGCCUCACUGGCUGAUUUACCACGGUUUUUGUUGCGUAAUCUACAACGAUGCAUGAGUUAUGAUGAAGCAUACGCCAGUGCCCUUCAUGUUGCCAUGCAAUAUUCUGAUGGUGACACUGAUGACAGUGCUGGCUCGGUUCUGGAAGAUGCAAACUCCGACAAUGAUGAAUAUGAGUAUGAUGAAGAUAUUUAUGAAUAUGAUUAUGAAAUGGGAAAUUAUGAAGCCUAA